AAGACUCAUCGCGAGAAGGCGACGCGAGCUUCCGUCUGUGUAUUUGUGUUGGAGAUCCAGGGGCCCGAUAGAGAGCGGACUGUUGUGAAGCCUUCGGACAAUAAUCGAGGAGGAGAUUUGAACAUUCGCAGUGUCCAACAGAGAAGAAGGACUAACGCAGAGAUGUCGGACGACCUGGCGAAACAGUUAAGCAGCUACAAAGCUCAGCUGCAGCAAGUGGAAGUGGCUCUAUCCACCGAUCAGGAGAAUGAGGAUCUGCUCAAGCUCCAGAAAGACUUACAGGAAGUCAUCGAUUUGACCCAAGACCUCCUGACCGCACAGCCCAGUGAUGGUGCCUCCACCACCAACGGCUCUGACGCUGCCCCCGUGAAGCACAGCUGGAAAGUGGGAAACAGGUGUAUGGCUCAGUGGAGUCAGGAUGGACAGGUGUAUGAGGCUGAGAUUGAGGAGAUAGACCGAGAGAACGGCACUGCAGCUGUAACCUUCUCUGGAUACGGGAACGCUGAAGUGAUCCCUCUGCAGAACCUCAAACCUUCAGAGGAGGGGAAACGCUCUGAUGAGGACGGGAACAUGAAGCCCAAAUCAAGGAAAGAACAAAUAGCAGAUCAGAGAGAAUAUAAGAAGAAGAAAGCCCAGAAGAAGGUGCUGAGGAUGAAGGAGUUGGAGCAGGAGAGGGAGGAGCAGAAGUCAAAGUGGCAAAGUUUCAACAACAAAGCCUACAAUAAGAACAAGAAGGGACAGGUAAAGAGGAGCAUAUUUGCGUCUCCAGAGAGCGUGAAUGGAAAGGUCGGAGUGGGAACAUGUGGUAUUGCAGACAAGCCAAUGACCACGUACAACGACACAUCAAAAUACAACGUCAGACAUCUAAUGCCCCAAUGACCUCAUAUAUUCUGUACAUAAAACAACUCACUGUAUACCAGCUGUGUCAGUGCUUUCCAUUGUGUUUAUACAUGAUUUAAGUUACUCAAGUGAAGAACACUUUUAAUUGCUUGCACACCAUUGUUAAAAUAUUGAUGUAGUUUUUCUUAUAUAUUAUGUAGGUACAACAACAAAAACAUUUCCCUCCCCGCAGUAGAACAAGGUCACGUGUUAUGUAAGAACUGAUUGUGGUGUUUUUGUAAAGCCAGAAACAGUUUGCUGUUUGUGUCGAGGUUCCACCAAGACCGAACUCCUGCAAAGAUGUGUAUAAACCUGUGGAGUGGGUGUGUAAAUUUGAGGUUGGAUUUUCACCACUGACCAGUUCUGUGUCUAAACAUUAAUAAUGGUGUUGUAUAUAUAUAUAACAGUGAAAUAAACAUUGUUUUGUUUUCAGUUUUUUAAAUAAUUGCCUCCACCUCAUUUGGACUGUUAUUUUACUUCACUUUUAUAUUGUGGUUCUGUCAGGUCCUGUAGGUGGCAGUAAAGACUUGUAUCGUUUAUAAUCAUGUCAUGAGAAAACUUUCUAAACAACAUUUGACCAUUGAAGUUAUGAAAACAUUGUUUUGGAUAUGUUCUACUUCCUUAGUUCAGGUUUUUGAAUCGCCUCAUCCUAGGAGCUAAUGUUUUCCCUCUUGUCUGUUUGGUUGGUUUGCAUGUAAGAUUACGCAAAAACAAGCCAAUUGAUUUUCAUCAUAUAUGAUUUUCAUAUAUAUGCGUUACACAAAGAAAUACACAUUAAAUCUUUUUUGCAGUUUCA